CACGGCUCCCAUGUCGCAGCGGGGAAGGUCAAUCGUCUACCUCCAGACUGCAAAUUAGAGCUGUCUCCCUGCACGUGGUUUUCGACGGUUCAGAUGCCCACGUAACGAGCAGAUUUGGCCUCCAUGCCACCGUCGUCGUCGCUGCCUCGGUUGCCCUCGUCGAAAGCAAGAAGGUCAAUCUCUACAUCUAUCGUUCAAGAUGGAGGAGGACCUGCUCAUAUUUAUCUUCAUGCUCCUUUUCUUCUUCUCUUGAAGACUCCGGGUUUCCUUCACUGUCAUCCGCUUCAAAUUGGGGCUUUUGGAGCUGGGUAAAUGGUGAAAGGCGGUGGGGAUCUUGUUAUCGCAUCUCGUCUGCUCUUCAAGGUUCAACGAACGGAGUAAGCCUGCAGACGAAUCACUUUCUUUGGAGCUCGGACAAUCUAUAAAGUGUUCAAGUAUGUACCGCCUCCGAUGAUUGGAGACUGAAUCCCAUAUUGGUGCGUUAUUGAUUACUCGUGCGUUCUAAUGCCAGUCUUGGCCGUCAGCAGAAAAUUCCCAGUGCCUCCUUGAGCUCAGGCCUUCGAACAAUUUCGAGGUUGGAAGAAGUGCCCAUCAAUGUCUUCUAUCAAAGCUGGUUCAAAGGACGGGCGGACCGCAUCCCGAGAGGAAGUCAUGAGCUGAGAGAGGUUAAUGUGGGUGGGGAUGACUGGUAUCCGCUGGAGAAUGGACGAGACCAUGGACAGAGGCUGCAGUACUGGAAGGAUGGAGAAGGAGCACAACAGCAAGCACAUACCGUACCUGCCCCCCGAAAUUAUCUGGAAGAUCCUGAGCAAGCUCCAAACGGUGACGAUAAUGCGAUGUCGAGAAGUUUGCAAGCAAUGGAAAUCCACCAUCGAGACUCCCUCACUAGCUCUCCAGUUCCAGUCGUCCAAGCCCGUACUCUUGUAUCACCACCCAGGCCACAGCUCACCGAAGGAGGGCUCUUGCUUGGGAAGGAAAUUGGCAGCUGCAGCAGGUACCCGAAAAUGGCAUCUCAAAUUCCACAACACGGUCUCAAACAAAUGGGAGACGCACCACCUCCCAUUCGCCGUAGGAAAUGACAACGUCGAACCCGACACCUUGCUAGCUGCAGACGGAGGGCUUCUGUGCUUCAGCAGCAAGAGAAGCCCAAACUCUAUCGUGGUGUACAAUCCUCUGUCCCAGCAGUGGAGACAGAUCUCGCUCCCGGCGAGCUUCCUGCCCACAGUUUUCUCGGAAGAUCACAGGGGAAAUCCAUUCGAGUGCUUCUUGCUGGGAAUGGUGGUAGAUCGUAACACGGGCUGCUACAAGGUGGUCGUAUCUGGGCUGGCCUUGGAGAUUCCCCAACCCACGUUCACUUUCGACUCUCGAACAGGGAGCUGGCAGGCUUCGACGGGGGAGCAGGGCGUGGACAACAACGGAGUGUUCGGAGGGAAGAUGAGGAUAGGAGAGUGGAGGCGCAAGAAGCGAGGGGUUCAGUGUGGAGGAAAUCUGUACUGGUUCAUCCAGUACGAGAGGCGCAUGCAUCCGAAAAGCGGGGCACUGCUCAAGUACAACGUCGAGUCGCAGGUGUGGGAGGUUCUCAUGGAGUCGGGGCUCAGUCAGUGCGUGCUCCCGGAGUUUCACAUGGCCGUGCACAAGGGAGAUGUGAUCAUGGUGAAUUGGAACGACAGCAACUGCUACCGAGGGGUAGGUCACCUGGAGAUCGAGAACUUGGGCGACGAGAUCAAGCUCAUGGAUUACGGCCUGGUGUCUCUGUACCACAAUGCCGAGCCCGAGAAGUUCUGGAAGCAAUUCUUGCCCAUCAAGUGCCUGGCGGAAGGUGGGACCUUCUACAUCGUCCACGUGCAUCAUCUGGACUGCCACAUUCCCCGAGUGCUGGUUUACAGACCGUCUGAGCCCUCCGGCAAAAAAUUCUCGUGGUUACCACCUUGGGAGGAUCUCCGAGACGACAAUCUGCUGUGGACCUUCACCCCAACCUUGAAAGCUUUUGUGUAAGCACCCGAAACUGCUCCCUUCCCAGAACCGCAACAUUGCUUUAUCGCCAACCGAGAGGCGGCCACGUUCGAAGCUGUAGCAUCCGGAGCCGCCGGAAUCUUUGUUCGGGUCCUUCUGGAGCGGGGGCUUUUGCGCUGCACCACAUACAUGCACACACAUACAUUGAUCGACAAACUCGAAAUCGAAGAAGAUCAGGAGGAGUCCAAAGCGGAAACAAAUCCGACUUCAACCGUAAAAUGGACUCUAGAUGGGGGACGAGAUAUUUCCCGAGGUAGAACAGCAAUCAUGGGCCGAUAUGUGCAAAUGCAAGGUUGUAUGUACUGUCAAAGCUGCUCCCCGUGAGCACUAUCACUCGAGUCAAGACUACACGGAAAGUUCCCGUCUCUAGUCGAAUUUUAUAAUGAGAAACCGGCCCCACCAUUAUCCC